AGAAAAAAGAUCAACCAUUAAAAUCUGUAACCAAACAAAUUAAGUUGACAUGGGUUCUGAAACGGCUCUUAAGCUUCCUGUAAUAGACUUCUCCAAGGAAGAUCUAAAACCAGGAAGCAUUGAAUGGAAUUCGGUAAGAAGCCAAGUUCAUCAAGCUGUACAACAGUAUGGCUGCUUCGAGGCUUUAUUCGACAAGCUUUCUCUCGAGCUUCGAAAGCAGAUCUUUAUAAACUCGGAAGAGUUCUUUAACCUCCCUCUAGAAACUAAGAUGAAGAAUGUUUCCAAGAAACCAUUUCAUGGCUACGUUGGGCAAUACGCUAUGGUCCCAUUAUACGAGAGCGUGGGCAUCGACGAUGCAAAUAUUAUGGAAAAAGUUGAAGAUUUAACCAAAACGCUUUGGCCUCAAGGAAAUACAAGUUUCAGCAAAACCAUUCAAUCAUUCUCUAAGGAAUUGGCGGAAUUUGAUCGAACCAUCAGGAGGAUGAUUUUGGAGUCUUUUGGUUUAGAGAAAUACUUAGAAGAACAUACAGAUUCUACAAAUUAUCUUUUAAGGAUAGCGAAAUAUAAAGAACCUAAAACCACUGAGAGUAAAGUGGGUUUACAUGUUCACACAGAUAAGAACACAAUAACUAUUUUGUAUCAAAAUCAAGUUGACGGUUUAGAGAUUCAGACCAAAGAUGGAGAAUGGAUUAAGACCAAACCCUCACAAGAUUCUUUCAUUGCAAUGGUUGGAGAUUCUUUCUAUGUAAGUUGA